ACUGAUUGCGAAAAUUCAAAUUGACGUCAGCUUUUAUCGGGAAUGAUCAGCAAAGACGGCGAAUCGACAAGGUGGCAUUGAUUCAAGACCGCGUUUGAAAGCAACGAGAAGCGAGUGACGUGCGAGCUAAGUUCCCAAGUUAGCCUAGCUAGCCUGACAAAAAGUCUGACAAAAAUGAUGGAACAGGUGGGACUGAAUUGAUUGACUGUUGAACUCGGGAAAUAAAUUUGUUGACUUCAACCACAAUAUCGACUCUUUAACCACAAUAUCGACUGAAGCGGACAAGAGAACCCCGAUAACUAACACCACGGAUGUUUACCAUCUGAGCUGACAUGACACAAACAGCAUCCCAGUUUGACUCACCUGGGCGGGCAGUACAGUGGGAACCUCCUCCGGAAAAACAGGAAUACUCAAUAUGCGGAGUAAAUGCAAUCCUGCACGAGGUUUUGGUGUAAUUGCUGAUGAAGUUAUGAGUGUGACUGAAACAGGAUGUUCAGGGCUCCUCAGAUCCUGACCCUGCCCUGUCCCAUAAGACCCCUACUGCUUGGCGUGAGAGACCCUCAUCUCACUCUUUUGACUGAACACACCGGCUGCACCUCGCAUAUUGCCAGAGCUAAUAGGGAUGGAGCCACUGCUGAUAGAGCAGACAAAAAGGAGAACUUUUCAAUACCCAACAAGACUGCGUCUUCUUUGUCGCCUCGUAUUUCGUCAGUAUCGGACUGUCGGAAACAACAGCUGAGUUCAACUUUACCCAAAGCUCCUCUUCCCAGCUGUCCCCGGCUGACUCAGAACUCUGUCUCCUCAAAACCCAGGCUAGAAUUUCACCCAUGGAUGUCCACAAUAUUAGAACAUUUUGCAGAAAAUCCCAGAUCCACAAACAAUUACCAUGGCUGUAUUAAAAAUAAAUGCCCUCAACUGCACAGAAGGCCAUAUAAAGGUAUCCCAUAUUCAUUCAGUAUUGCCACUAAGUUACAUUGCAGUCUCAUUCAAAGCACUUUAUUUUGCAGUGGACACUUUCUUAGACCUUUUAGCUCCUUGAAACAUCGACCGUGGGUUUUUAGCGCCUCCCAGAGAAGACUCCCACAAUGUGCUGUUUCUGCGCCCAAGACCAGAGCAGUUCAUUGGGCUACUCAUUGCGAGGCAUUGGCCCUGAGGGACUGCUUUUCCCCAGAGAAUGAGGAGAGGUGUCGACAGACCUUGGGGCCCAACCUGAAGCUGUAUGAGCGGAUGGGGGAGGGUAGGAGCCAGGGGAAAUGUGCGUCCGUCCUGGUCUCUCUCUGUUUUGUGGAGGGGGAGCCGGCAUUUCUCUUCACACUGCGCUCCAGCACACUGAAGGGCAGACACAAGGGUGAUGUGAGCUUCGCAGGUGGUAAGAGUGAUCCAUCAGACAAGGACAUUGUGGAUACAGCCCUGAGAGAAGCCAAAGAGGAGCUGGGUGUUAAUGUGGCCACAGAAAAGGUCUGGGGUGUUCUGAAGCCACUCAGGGACAAGUCAGGAAUGAUGAUCGCUCCGGUGCUGGCUAACCUCGGCCCAAUAGAGCAGUUGUCCUUCAAACCAAACCCUGGAGAGGUAGAGGAGAUCUUCACAUUGUCAAUCUCUCACUUGUGCAACCCUUUAAACCGUGGCUACACACACUUCCGCACUGGUGUCAAAUAUGGAUACACUCUUCCGGUGUUCCGGAAUGGGAAGCAUCGUGUUUGGGGCCUGACGGCUGUUGCUUUAGAACACACCCUCAAACUCAUUGUGCCACCGUAGCAACUGAAUCAGCCAAUCACAGUUGUUCUGCGUAAGCACAUGAUUAUUAUGUAUGAUGACUAAAUUAUUUGAUUUGGACUAGAAUGCAAUCAAUGAGACUUUCUGUGCCAAAACCUGGGCAGGGGACAGUCUGAAUACAGUUUGGGCUCUAAUUCCUCUUUAUUAGGUUAUGAAGUGAAAUUACUUUCAUGAUCUAAAAAUGAAGGACUCUCUGAGCCUUGGGUGAACAAGAAGCUCUCUAGAAAGGAUCAGGUAUGUAAAGAAUGUGGCCAAUCGGAUUUAUAAAGUGAGAGUAGUUACCCUGUUAACAUUUGAGUGAUUUGCAUUGUGGGACAGGCAAUGAAAAUGAAAUCAAGUUGAAAGAAAACAAUUUAAAUAUACUUGAUCCAUUCUUAGUUGAACACUUUACACUACACUGAUAGUGUGCCAAACGCCUAAUACAGAAUCCUUUGUUAACUUGCUUUUACCAAUUCUGUGUCUUCCCCUCACCAGUGAAGUGGGAGUUUAUUGGUUAAAUCAAUAAGGAAUCAUAGCUUUCAUCUGUUCAUUCAUGGAAAUAAUGAGUGUUACUAAUUUUUGUACCAUUAAUUCAUCAUACUGCUUGGCAAUCAUUGCUAGGAGUAUUUUUGUGUUUUCACUAAGGUACUCUGCUCAGACAUGGCUUGAAAGGUUGAUGAAUUUUUUUUACAAUUCACUUGGGGAUAGCUUCCUUUGAGCCACUUGGAAAAGGCUGCACAUCAGAAGACCUGUUGUUUUUUUAUUGCGUCAAGUAGGCUCAGUCAAGCUCAGCUAAAAUACAUUUUAAGGAUUUCCAAUGCCAUUUAGCCCAUGUCUGAUUCCAUUUCCCCAUCCAUUAUGUCAAAUCUGUUCUGUUAUCAAUCAUAGGUGUAUUUUGAGCACAUCAUGAUGUUGUGCCCUAUUCAACGAUGCAAUUAAAUACAUGUGAAAUUUG